GGCGCCGCUUCCGUCGGUGGGGACCGACCGAAAUGGCGGCGGCCGCCACAGCCUUGUCCCUCUCCUCCGCCUCCUCUGCCGCGCUGCUGCGCCCGGGCUGGGCGCCCCUGAGGCGGUGGCGAGCCCUCGCUCGCAGCGCCAGCAGCUUCCCCCGCAGCGCCGCCAGUGAUGAAGCAGCUGUUAUCUCAGGGACAAGGCUUGCACACCAGGUUUUGAAAGAAGUUCGAAGGGACGUGGAAUCGUGGAUAUCUGCUGGCAACCAGAGGCCUCACCUCACUGUCAUAUUGGUAGGAGACAAUCCAGCCAGUCACAUCUAUGUCAGGAACAAGAUAAAGGCAGCUGCAGCUGCGGGCAUUUCUAGUGAGAUCAUACUGAGGCCUAAAGACAUUUCACAGGAAGAGCUCUUGGAUAUGACAGCAAAACUCAACAAGGAUUCCAGAGUUAGUGGCUUAUUAGUUCAGCUGCCUCUCCCAGAUCACAUAGAUGAGCGGACAGUCUGCAAUGCCAUCGCCCCUGAGAAGGAUGUGGAUGGGUUCCAUAUCAUGAACAUUGGGCGGCUGUGUCUGGAUCAGCCUUCCAUAAUCCCUGCCACUGCUGCUGCUGUCUGGGAGAUCAUCAAACGGACAGGAAUACAAACAUUUGGAAAAAAUGUUCUUGUAGCCGGAAGAUCCAAAAAUGUUGGAAUGCCUAUUUCAAUGCUUUUACAUACUGAUGGAGAGCAUGAAAGGCCUGGAGGUGAUGCUACAGUGACCAUUACUCACAGAUACACCCCAAAAGAGCAGCUCAAGAUCCAUACACAGCUUGCUGACAUAGUAAUAGUUGCUGCAGGUAUCCCAAAGUUGAUUACAGCUGAUAUGGUCAAAGAAGGUGCAACUGUGAUUGAUGUAGGCAUCAACCAUAUCCAUGAUCCUCUUACAGGAAAAACCAAAUUAGUUGGUGAUGUGGACUUUGAAGCAAUGGGGGCACUGAGUGAAGAGUCUGCUAUUACCGUUUCAUCCCUCAGCACGGACUUACGGAUUAAUUGGACAAAAAACAAUGCUGAAGUAGAUUAUUCAGAGCAGCCAAAGCUCUUGAAGCUGAUGCAGACCUGCCUUGAGGAGCAUCACAGCUAUUGUAUCAAUGGGCUCUGCGCCUUCCACAGUGAACUGAGGAAGCCCAUAUGCAAGUGCCUUGCAGGUUAUAAUGGAGAGAGGUGUGAACAUUUAACACUAAAUUCAUAUGCACAUAAUUCUUAUGAGCGCUACAUUGCUGUGGGGAUUGGGAUUGGAAUACUGACCAGUGGAAUACUCGCCAUCAUCUACUGCUAUGUAAGAAAGAGAUGCAGGAAACUGCAAUCCCCCUACAAGGUGUGUGUGGGUGAGACGGCGCUGUGAAGCCCUGUGCUGGAACUCUCACCGGUUUGCCUGCUGAGGAGGAAGGCCCCCGCGCCAUGGGACAGGUGCCCCAGCCUUGUUGAGGAGAUGAGCCCGAGGAAAUGGCGGAGGAGCGUGCCAAGGGAACUCCUGCAGCACUGACAGGCUCUGGGUGUGGUUGAAGAAAGACUUCCUCUCUUGGGUGAGGGUGGAUGGUCCCCAGGCCCAAGCAGCUGAGGACACUGCAGGCAUCUCAGCACUGUCCUGUGCCUAGUGUUUGCUCUGGGGGAAGGACUGGUUGGUUUUAGCUGUUUUCAGUCAUUUCAAGCACUCGUACAGUGUUCUGCUUUGGUCUUUUUUGUGUUCUGUUUGGUUUUGUUUUCUUUUUUUUUUCUCCUCUGGAGGAUAAGCACCACCUCCCUCAUAGUGGAGCUGUAUUCUGGACAUCAUGUGCUGACCACUAACCAUUUGGGUUCUGAUUUGGUUGUCUGCUGGCUGUGUGUGGAUAAACAGUCCUCUCCCAACCCAAUGGUUACCCUUGGUGGGCUGGGCCACGUAUGGGCUUCUGGUGCCAUAAAGGACAACAAAUGUUUUGGACUGAGGAAAGUGUCUGGUUCUCAAAACCAUCCUUAAAUUAAAAUAUAGAGACUAGGCAAUUCUCCUGAAAAAUCAGACCAUGACACUUCUGGGCAUGGCAUGUUCUUAUUGUUUUCAUAAGCAAAGCAACAGGAUGCCUUUCUCAAAAUGGAUUGUGGAGUGUGAUUGUGACAAAGAACUGUCUGCUUCCCAAACAUCCUACAGCAGGUCCUCAGUUCCGUGGAAUUUCAGGCAGAUCAUUGCCUUGCUGCACCCUAAUUCCUGCACAAGACUUGAAUUCCUAGAGAAGCUGGAAUUUUGAUAUGAAACUUCACUACAGUUUUUCCCAGGAAACAGACUUUCUCCAUUCCAUUUGCACAUUAUGGGGACAUUGUAACCACUCAAAUAAGAAAUUAUUUUAGGGAUUCAGUUCCACCCUGGACUAACAGAUUGCAUAUUGGAUGCUUGGUUCCAUUCAUCUUAUCUACAAAGAGUUGGUAAGGUACAAAGAUUUGGUUCAAGGAAAAGGGAAGAAAAUUGGUUCUGAAGAUGAUGGCACUAACUGGGAUGUCUCACAGACAGCUGGAGUGUUUGCCAUGCUGAUGUGACCAGAGAUGGCUUUCAGACAUUUUCAUUUCAGCUGUUGCACAUUGUAGACUCAUCUGCUGUGCUCAGCCAUCUACCAGCGAAAGGCAAUUGGUACUUUGAAGUCUUGUGGAGUCAUAUUGGCUCCAAAAUUCAGGUGCCCUGCUGAAAGCUCAGUUUUUUGGUUAUGUGAGUUAAUUUUUACAAGAGGGAUGCAUGUUUUUGGUUGAAAAAACCCGUGUAUUUGUGAGACUACAGUGACAAUGCUGAAAUGUGUAUGAAAGGUGGGGUUUGAAAGGGUAAAGGUGUGUGUGGCAUGUCAACAGUCUGAAGUUCAGGGGCUUCUCAUGUGGGCAUCCUCAUCAGUAGCUGAGCCAUCUUGGCUCUGUGAUACCAGUAAAUAAAACAGCACAUCACACACUGCUUGGAAUCCCGUGUAAUAGAGGGAGCAAGCAGCAUAUGCACACACAAAAAGGAUUGCUGGUGAGAAGUGGAUGGACACCACUCCUCUGCACAUUGACACCAUUGUAUUCAUCCCUCAGCCUUUUUGUCUUCUUCAUCUCCAGUCAAAUCUUCAAAUCUUUGCACUGCUUCCUUUUUUCCAUUCUUCUGACCUUUUCUUAGGUUCCACUGCUGGGUAACUUGUGCUCGUGACUAUCUUCAAGUCAGCUUUUGGUAGUGGCCCUGUCAUUUUGUGUCACACAUAUGUGGUGAGAGGACAAUUAGGUAUAAAUUAGUCUGCACAUCCUCACAAAUGCAAAACACCCUUCACCCAUCUCACAUGGAAACGGAAGAUGUGCAUGUCAUUAGGAAAACACAGGUGAGAGAUCCUGCUUGUUGGUCUCAGGAGAAAAUGGUGGAGCUGAAUAUCCAAAGGAUGAAAAGCCUCAGGGUUUUUGUCACAUGAGUGAAUCUGCCUCUCCCCAGUGAGUUGUCUCUCGUGCUCACACUGCUGGUGUUGGAUUCACUUCCCAAGGACCAACCCCUCUCCUUUGCAGAGGCUGUCUUGGAGCAGACACGCACCCUACACAACUGCCUCAGGGGGUCUGUGCACUUGGCACACAAGUUCUAAGGGCAUGAGUUGGAACAUCUGGACUUCACCUUGCCCAAAGAGUACUGUUGGAGAGAUGCAUUUUGAUUGCACGUUCUCUUACUGAUGUUUGUUACACCCCUUGUGUACCAGAGGCCAUGCAGGUGCCCUGCAAUAUGUGCAAGUGCCUUUUCACUGGUUUUACUCAUUGCAGUGAGCCAUUUUGUACCUACAGCAACAUACUCUGAUUUUUUUCAGGUUUGGUUACUCGUAAGUGAAAAGGAAGGUCUACUUAAGGGCCACAAUUCAGCAGGAGACUACAUAGUGAAAUGUUUUUCUAGUUGUCUUUCAGGCCCAAGGAGGCUUUGGAAGUGAGAGUUUGCUGGUAUUUUUUUGCCAGUGGAAGUGGAAGGUGAAGCACCAGGUAAGCCUGUGCUAUGCAAAAUGAGACUUGGUGUCAGGACAGCAUGAGAAUAAAAUAGAAAGAUGACGAUGGGAAGAAGGCAAGGCAGGAAGGAAAAGAAGGUGCUUGCUUUAUUUUAGUUCUCUUUUUUCCAAGUGGAGUCAUGGCUUCCAGCACAGUGUUCCUCACCCCCUGGGUACUGUGUGCCCACCCUGCAGAAGCACAGCCUCAGAGCAGGCCCCAGCUGUGUGUGAGGCAUGGCUGCCUGACUGACUCACGGUGCACUUGGGCUGAGGGAAUCUGCAUGGCCUCACAUUGCUGCAGGGAGUCAGCCCUGCUGAGCCCUUCCUUGAUAAGUGACAGAUGCUGCCAGCCUGGAAUGGUGUGCUGCUGCUUACGGUGCUGAAUUUCCUGCAGAACUGGCCUGUCAGAGGAUCAGGAUCAUCUUUCCUAGCUCAUUUAUCAGGCUCACUACUCUUUGUGUAGUGGCAUAAUUAAGAGAGUCGUAAGCUUCUUCUUCCCUUUCCAGCUGCACGUGCCAAAAACUGUCAUUUCAAGAGGAGCUUCUGCUUUAUGUGACUUUUAGGUAGGGCUGCUUCAGCUGUGGGAGGCAGCAGCUUAGCAGGGGCGGCAAACAGAGACAUCAAAGACCAGGAUAUUCCUUUCUCAAGGACAGAGCACUUGCUCUGUGAAUGAUCCAGGCUGGUGGAACCACACUGGCUUUUGCUGCAGCACAUCUCUCACGCUGGGUUGCCCUUAAGCUACCAAGCCCUGAACCUGCUCCACUGGCAUCUGCAGCCACUGUGCAGGUGUGCUGGGCUGCCACUGGAACAUCUUCCCUGCAUUCAGCUCCCAUUUUCUGCUCAGCUGUGUGGGUGGCCUACAAGUUUCCCUGAUCCCAGCAAGGUCUGUUGCAAACACUGAGAUGUAAGCCUGGGGACAAGAUGGCUUUAAAGACAUUUGAUUUGAUUUUGGAGGGAAGUGUAAGGAAUUGAAUUGAUGCUCUGAGUGCACAGUGUCCCUGUCCCUCCUGCUGGCUGGGGCACACUAGUGGCUGGCACACAGGUAAGAGACAGUUUUUCCUUGGAGGUUUUCUAUUAUUCUUAGUAGCCCACAGUAUAUUUGGAAAAUGACACACCAGGGUUUGUUCUCCAUCCCACUUACAGUAAAAGUACAAAUCUCAUUGGUGCUGCUGCAGCAGUGCAAUCCUGCACUAAGAACCAGCUGUGAAACUAAUUGCUUCUAAGUGACUCUCAACUUCAUGCAAAAAAACCCAAAACAAGACUGAACCCCCCACCCGCCAAAGAACCCACUCCAACUCUCCCCUCCGCCUCCAACAAAACCCCAAAACCAACCCAAAAAAUCAUAUUCCUCUUGGCAGAAGAGCUUUGUAAUUCUUUGUACUUGUUGUAUGUUUUGUUUCAUUUCUGGUCCAUGAAAUACACUGUAGCAUCCCACAAGGUUCAUAAUUAAGUUCAGAAUAACUCCUGUUGCCCCUGAAGGUUGCAGUUCUUAAUGGAUUGCCUUUAGACCAUCCCUAGGAAGCAAGGCUUUGAGAAUGAUGUUCAUUAUUCUUCUGUGAGUUCUUUUAAGAAAUGGUGCUUGGGUAGAUCAGUAACACAGUAAGUGUUAAGAGACAGGAAACAUGGGUCAGAUUUGGUAACAUGCAAGUUUGAGGGCAAACAGCUAGAAUUUCUUUCUGAAUAUUCAUUUCAGUUCUCUCUUGUGUGAUAUGAGUGCAGAUUUACUAUUUGUGUUUUAACUUUUAGAGCUAAUCUGAAAAGUAUCAUGGCAAAGUGUAAGUGUUAGAGAGCAGACAAUGUGCACGAUAAAUAAUCUGAAGGAUUCCGAUUCAGUCAGAGCUGGAUUCAGUCAGCUCCAGCCUUGUCAGAGGCAGGGUCUUCAUAGCCCUGCUGAUUUCAGAGAAUGCUGGCAUGGAACCCAGAGCUGGCUGCUCCCUGGUCUGUGUGUCACAGAGCUCUGGUGUGGCUGCUCUUACCUAUCCUGAGCUUUGCUUGGAGAAGGGAAACGCCUGUAGAGGUCCCUAUUGUACUGCAAAUCCAGGAAACCGCUUGGGACUCCUCCUUUAUGACCCAGUUGAGGAACAAAGGCAAAAAAGUGCAGGUACUCAUUAAAAUCUCAGUGUAAGUAGUCAUUAAUUAUCAUGACAGCAAUAAAAUCUUGUACUGUGACUAGACUUGGGGCUGCUCCUACUCUCGCUGAACUGAGUGGAAGGGAGAGCAGGUUCUGUGAGCAGCAGACCUGGCUGAGCUGGAGGAGGUGUGCAUGAGAGGGGACUGUUCACUGGGCUGCUCUGCGAGCUCUGCUGCUCCAGGCCCUUUGGCUCUUGGCUGUGCAGGGAAGAGCUCCCUCCCUCUCUGUGGCUGCCAGGGUUGGGAGCUGGGGCACAGGCUGGGUUUGGUUGAGAGCAGGGUUUGACUUGGUAUAAAGCCCAUGGCCUGUGUGUAAGCAAACCUCUAAAUGAGAGGUUGCUUGAGUCAAAUUAAAAUUCUAAUUCUGUUUUUCAUAAGUAUAAACAUAAAAAUAGCCCAUGAGACACAGUUUCAACAGACAAAUUAGGGUUAAAACUGCUCUAAAUGCUUAUUCUCUGGAGCAGUUUGGGAUGAGCUGAACUUGGUAGUUGAGGUAUGUCUUGCUUAGCCAUUCUGGGGGAAUUUUCCAUUUGAUGAUUUGGGGGUUUUGCCCCAUUGUGGAAUUAGGGCCAUCUGUGAAUGGUCACCUGCCUUAGCUCUGGGCUCAGUUUUCUAGUUCAUAAAAAGGUUAAAGGUACCCAAAGACGAGGUUUUGAUUCCAUGUCUAAGGCCAAGUCACUUAAAUGCUAAUUUUUAAUCAAAACUUCGUGUUGAAUUUAUCUGGUUGGUAUUGGCAAGGAAGUUUCCUUGUAUAGAUUCCCCAGUGCCAUUUCUUUGCCUUUCUAUGAAGGUGUUUUGUCCUUUAAUAAGCAGAAACACAGUUUACUGCAUUUUCAAUACCUGAUAUUCAAAUGCCAGCUGUGUUUCCUGGCUAGGACUGAGCAAAAUGUGGCAGGGCAGCAUUGCCCCUGUUAUGCUCUUUGCAUAAAUCUGUUGUGCUCUUUGCCCUUUUUAUAAUUGUUAUUCAGGUUUUUUUGGGGGGCACAGGGAAUGCAAGAACCUUCCUUUUUCCUCCUUCUCCAAGGCUGUUGUGCAGAGAGGCCUCUCCACAGCUCCCUCUGGCAAACAGCACAGCCAGGCUUGAGACACCAGAGGACAGGGCUGAGCUUUGCAGGAAUGUCUGAGUAACUCGGGCAAAGCUAAUUUGUUUGACAUCACUUCAGUACGUAAGGCUGUCUGUUUGUGUCCCAUUGUUAUGGCAAAUCCCGCGAUGGAUGGAAUUUUAUUGACUAGUGCUGGCUGCUCGGCAGAGCCCAGCAGUGGGUUUGGCCGGAAACACUGUUCCAGGAGCUGCCUUAAUAGGUGCCAACACCGAAUUCAGAGGCUGUGUGGCAAUGCAGGGGGAUAGAAUAUAAGAAAAUAAAAAUAGGGUAGAAAGUAAUUUUACCCCUAAGGAGUUGCAGCUGGGCUAAUUAGCAAAGACUAGGAGCAGGCCUGACUUUAACAGGCCACAGCUGUAACCAGUGAGAAGAAGAGUCUAUAAAAGAGUGGGAUGGCUGGUUGAGAAGGGAAUUGGAGUCAGGUGGUCACUUUGUGAAGAAGAAAGAGUCAGUGCUCUGAGGAGCAGCCCACGAGAAAGCACCAAGAAGGUCUGAAACUUUUGUGAUAAGGAGACAACAGUAUGGAACCCCUGCAGUAAGAUGACCACACAGCCACAGCGGGGCCUUGCAGGGAGCUGUGGCAGCCUCGCCACAGGGAGGACCCGAGCGCUUCCCCUGAGUGCAUCCCUGGUCUGCCGCCUCUGGGCGGGAUGAGUCAGAAACACGGGCUGGGAGAGGGACCUUCGCUUAAAGGCCGUGCCAGAACAUGCAAGAUGGGGCUGACAUUUUUCUGCUUUUCCUCAUAUUUUUAAGUGGCUAGGGCAUUGCAUGUUCAUGGGCGUUUCUUGGAGGGAUGCUCUUCCGACAGGCAAACUCAAUGAGGGCCUCCAAGUGACCUUGUCUGUGUGAUUCUUGGAAACUCAGCAUCUCAGGUACCAAGUUUUUGGGUGCAAGUCUUUGUAGUUCUGACACAGUAGUUCAGGAGCUUAAUCUGCCUUGUGUCUCAGGAUGGAUGACUGCUACACUGCCCUUUCAGGUCGUCCAGGUUUGCCGAAGCAAACCAGUGCCCUGGAACACAGGCAGGACUCCCAAGGAGCUGAAAGGAAAUUCUCCUGCCCUUUCCCCUUGCCUUGUUAAUGCUUCUCUUGACUUUGGUGGCAUGUUCACGACGUGUCUUGUGCAAAUAGAUAUGAAAGUUCUCCCUCAGGCACUUCUCAGCCGUCUCCUGAAUUCCUUUCUCCAUCACUAACAACGUUUUCCAUCAAGAUUACAGCAGGAAAAAAAUGUUCUCUAUGGGCUAGGUGCUCCCCUUUGCAUGAAAAGUGUGUGCAGGAGCCAAGAAACACCCGGAGUUUCUUCCUGAUUGUUCCCAGAAAGAAUGGAGAGUGACGCAGUGGAAGGGCACGACCUUACACCAACACACACACUCCAAGACCUGCACAGAAGUGUCCAUGACCUCAGCAUGACAGUGAGGAAUUUGGGGUGCCCUGACCCAGUUGGGUGUCCCCUUGCAUUCCUCCCUGACCUUUUCCUUCUGGCCCAGCAGAGUUCCUUUCAGGGUCAUCCUUCCUGGUCUACCCAAAAGAGGUGCCUCCCAGGCAGGAGGAGGUGUCCUUGUGUAAUUCAGGUGCCACAUCCAAACUGCAGCCUGAAAGGACUUCAAAAGGUUUGUAAAGGUGAUUCCUAGUAAGGGUUGGUUUGAUUCCUUUUUAAACCAUGAAGCAUUUGUGAAAUGUACUGGUGGAAUGGCUCCACUGAAGGCUUUUCAAGACAAUCAUAAAGUAGGGCUCUGUGAUUUUCCCAGUCAGUUCUGGCCUAACUCCAAGCCCUGCUGCAGGCUGUAAUAAAGCAUUUGUUGCCUUCAGAGGGUGCAGACUCAGGCUACUUGCACUGCCUUCAGUCCACAGGUAUUUAGGUGUUUAUGACUUUUGAGUGCUGUGGGAUUCUUAAAAAUUCCUAUUUGUUUGUGGUGAUUUCUUGAGUGAGAAGAACCAUGAUAAUCAAGAACAAGGUGAGAGAUACAAGCCAAGGUGACAACAGUAAGACAACAGUAACAGCAUGUACUCUGAAUGCUACUUGAAGGUUAGAAACCCUGGGUGCAGGAGGAAACUCAGGGGCACUUGGCCCCAGUGUGUGUACGUAGGCACAUUUUGGGUAAAGCCUCUUCAAGUCCUGGGCUGCCACGAGGUUUCUGGGGACUGUGCAUUGUCCAUAAUUUCAGUGAAUUGAAGUGAGACUGUUUCUGUCAAUACAAGUAGUCCUGUGUAUGUGCAUUGAAAGAAAACAUGACACAGAUGGGAAACUAGUUCCCUUUGUCUUCCAAACAUUGGAGUACAUUUGUUUAGGAUUGUGCAUUGCUUCAUUAUUUGCACAUCCUUCCUUCAGCACUUAAGCUGUGUGCUGAAUUCCUAUUAUGCCAAAGGAUAUUUUCUGUGAUCAGUGUCCAGGUGACAUGGAAAAGCAUGGUCAAAUAUUGACCGGAAGUGCCCUCUAUGUGUCUGAUAAAAAAUCUCAGACUUUAAUGUGCAUACCAUACCUUGUGCUGAUGAGGAGCUGAGGCUCUGCCCUAGUAGAUAUCAGGUGCUUCUGUAAUGUUGAACAACAAGUUAGUCUUUAUUUCUCAUAAAAAUAAUCUUUGUUGACCCAGAGCUUGGGUUCAUGCAGAUCAGUACAUAUGCAGAAAGCCCUGCAGAAAGCAUUCCAUUAUCCUUCAAAGAACUCAGGGAAACCCAAAUCCCACCACUGUGGGGUCGAGUUGGAGCCCCUGUGCCCCCUGCCCUGUCCUUCCUGUGGCCCGUGGAAGGUUUGGAGUGGGGGGCUCUGCCCUGGCACAGGGGGCAGGUCUGUAUGCAAAAGGUGCAGAUCAGGGCCUGCUCAAUCUUCUUAUUCUGCACCAGAACUUUUGUCCAGCCCUAUCCACACAGAAAUUCCCCUAGGGUCUAUGGUCCUGUGCAGAAUGCAAAAAUGAUAAUUGAUAGGAAUUACAAUUAAUAUAAAUAAGACAAAUUACACUUCCAUGUGAUUUAAUGCAACCCACUGCCAGAGAAGUACAAGCAGAGCUUUCCACAUAUCACCAAGAGUGAGAUGGUGCAAAAGCAGCUUGAUCUGCUUCAGGUGGCCUGUUAGUUCAGAGGCUGGACUGAAUGUGGUUCCUAUCUCUUGUAAAGCAAGAAGCUAGCUGGGCGCCAGGUAGGAGCAAACACGGAUUUAGCCAGUGCUAAGGGUGAGCAAAGGGAAUAGCAUGGAUUGCUGGGCUGAGCCUGCCGUGCAGACAUUCUGACCUGUCCUGGAGGAAGGAGAUGCAGGGGACAGCAGUCAUGGCAUGGGAAUAUAAUGACCUGAUGGUUUUCCACACCUGAAUUUCUCUCUGUGGUCACAUUUAACUUUGCCUUCUGCAGUAUGGAUCAGGACUGCAGCAUCAGCAAGAGGAGCCUGGGAGGCAGCAGUGCUGCUCUGGCUCAGUAUCCACAGAAGAAGUGAUCCAUGAGAAGGGCAGGAGUGGAGCACAGGGACAGAGGUAGGAGUCCCUACUUCUGCACGUGUUAGAUAAGUUGCAGACCCUGUGCUUGCCUCCCUGCUGCCAUCACACAAAUAUCCAGAUAGCUACAAGGAUGCCACGGGGAUGAAAGUGUUACAGCCUUUGGAGGUAGUUCAGAGAUGCUGGGGCAUGGUAAACCAGCACUUAGUCCAUACCUAACAUUUUGCAUCUGUAGAUGAAAAUGCAGCCUUGCUCCCAGUGUGACCUCUGGGGGAAGCAGACAAUGUUGCAGUAGCCAGCUGAAAUUAUCCAGCUGAAAUGAUCCAAAGCCUCCCUCGGCCUGUCACGCCACAGAGAAAGCGGAGCCUUCUCUGCCUCUGCUUUUGCUCCUUGCCUCCUUCCGCCCUGCCAUCCAUAAACAACUGGGGGGAGUUUCGGGUGUUACUAAUUUUAAUAAAGUGGUUUUAGGAA